AUGGUAAAUUUCAUAUAGAUUUUCGGACCAUCAGCAGAGAUUGAUAUCCUCUUAGAAGGGAAACAGCAAAGGAAUAUUGCCAAGAUUAACGGAGUUCAAUUAUUAGUUUACAGAGUAAUGAUGACAUAGAGAGACGAAAACAUUUCAGGAUUAGUGAUGGUUAGGUUAAAGCCAGGUCGCAAAAUUGAGCACCAAGGAAUCAAGCUUGAACUAUUAGGGAUUUUAGGUAAAAAACAUGCAGAAACUUCAACAGAAAGCAUAAAUGAAGAAUUUAUCACAAGUCGCCAAAUUAUUGAAUCUGCAGGGACGCUUAUAGAAGACAAGUCAAUGCAGUUCCGUUUUUCAGGUAUAGAUAAACCUUAUGAAACAUAUCAUGGAUCUCAAUGAAAUAUAAAAUACAUCAUCAGAGCAACAAUUGCAAGAGUUCUAUCAAGUGAUAUUUCAGCUGAAAUCGAAAUAUGCAUACAAAAUAACGCACUAGAGCCAGAAAUAAACAGUAGUAUGAAAAUUGAAGCUGGAUUUGAAGAUGCUGUACAUGUUAUGCUUGAAUUUAAUAAGUAUAAAUUUCACUUGAGGGAAGCAAUUAUCGGAAAACUUUAUAUACACUUAAUUAGGGUCAGGCUUAAGCAAAUCAUUGCAACUAUAGUAAAGAAGGAAACGAUUCAAACUGUAGAAGGCUCGUACUCAGAAAACCAUUUAUUAGGAACUUUUGAAGUACUUGAUGGAAUGAUUACAAAAGGUGAUAGUGUCCCUAUUCGGGUAUAUCUGAAGCCUUAUGAGCUGUCUCCUACAUACACAAACCUCUUAAAUAAGGUUUCGGUAAGAUAUUAUAUUAAUGUAAUCUUGGAGGAUGAGGAAGGAAGAUCGUUUAUAAAGCAACAAGAAAUAAUACUGUGGAGAAAAGAAAAGGUUGAUAAAAAUAUUAAGUAG